CACAACUGGACGCUGGAGACUUACAUCAUGAAGAGUGUGUUCGAGGCGGCAGCCGUGCACUGGAAUUUUACUCCAGAUAUUGACAUGACACCAGACAUUCCCACGUCUGUUUAGCGGCCCUCGCCACGCGAUGUACCACCAUUUGCAGUGCAGGCGGCGCUGGCCAACGGCUCGUUCAGCGGCAGGCUGGGCAUGCUGGAGAGGGGCGAGUGCGACGUGGCGCUGGCGCCCUACAACCUGGACACGAGGCGGGUGGCCGCCCUGCAGCCCAGCGCCGAAGUCACGCAGGACUCGUUCAAAGUGCACGUGCGGUGUGGCGUCACCAGGGUGGGCAGCGACUCCGCCACAGUCCUGUUGCAUGGCUCUGCUUUGGCUAUGCUCUUCGGCGGAUUGCUAAUGGUCCUCGUUGUCCAGCUGAUUAGUAACCGCUCAGCGCUGGGAGAGGCAGGGGUCUCUUCUCGUCCCGACUUUUGGACACUGCUGUUUGACAACUGGUCUACCUUGACCGAGGUGCCACUGCCCAGACGCACGUCCAGUGCCUCACUGCGUGCGUUGUUCGGUUCCUGGCUCUUCUUCGUCUUGACCGUCAAUGUGGCCCUCAAGUCGCAACUCACGGCCGAGACCACGAAGGCCGCUCCUGUGACUCGCAUCAAUGCCCUAGUGGAGCUUCAAGAUUCAAAAGUGACGGUGCUGGGCUACAGCAACAGCCGGUCGGUUGUGGAGGCAGUCGAUGCGAUGGGCUUCGGGGGAGACAAGUCGCUUUUCUGCGAGGACGACACCGUCGAGCCCUGUCUGACCAGGUUCGAGUCGGAUGACGGCUUCGCGGUGCUGCGCUCCGUGGCCAUGCCUUCCUCCAUGAAGUGCCUGCGUGGAUGCUACUACGUCGUGGACGAGAGCGUCAUCAUUGCUAGUAUAGUGUUCUUCAUGCGUCGCCACGACCCGCUGGGCCAACGCCUCAGCGACACUGUACUCGCCCUGCGCGCCUCGGGCAUCAUGGACCACUGGCAAGACCUGCACCGGCUCCGACGGACAACAGUGUCGCGCAAUCCCGCAGCCGGGCCCGACGGAGGAAUCUCCCUAAGGCUGGCGGCCGUCGCUUGGUCCAUGGGUCUCACAGUGGCGACGGCGGUGGCGAUCUUUGAAGUUCUCUGGUGGCGCUUGCACCACCGACACGGGUUCUGAGCGGUUCUGAGUGUGUUCGCAACGAAAGGCCCUCAUACUUUUUAGACCAUGCCAGCAGGGUGUGGGAGAAGCAGCAACACCGAGCAAAACACGCUCAUUCCAGGAACGUGACAUCAAGAUCGUAAGCAUUGUGUCACAUUCGUUUCGGUGUAAAUCAGCUACAAAUUAGCUUAUUCACAUUUAAACGAAUGUGAUACAAUGCUCAAAAGAACGUCACAUUUUGUCACAUCCGUUUGAACUUGAUGUCCCGUUCCUCGA